UCUCCUUACCUUUCUUCUUCUUCUUCUUCUUCUUCAUAAAACUCAGUAACAGGCAUGGCGUACUACGAUGACGAGGAGUUUGAUUACAUCUUUAAAACAAUUCUCAUAGGUGACUCUGCUGUUGGUAAAUCAAACCUCCUCUCAAGGUUUGUUUGGGACAAAUUUCGCCUUGAUUCGAGGCCUACUAUUGGGGUGGAAUUCGCUUAUUGGAAUACUCAGGCUGGUGACAAGCUCAUCAAAACCCAAAUAUGGGACACAGCAGGCCAAGAACGAUUUAGAGCAUUUACAAGCUCUUAUUAUAGAGGCGCACUGGGUGCCUUACUAGUUUAUGAUAUAACACAAAGAAUAUCGUUCAAUAAUCUGGAAAAAUGGCUAAGGGAGAUAAGAGAAUAUGGGGAUUCUGAUAUGGUGAUUGUGCUGGUUGGGAACAAAACUGAUUUGGGUCAUGCCAGAGAAGUUAGUAAAGAAGAAGGGAAAAGGCUUGCAGAAAAAGAAGGUCUUUGUUUCAUGGAGACAUCAGCUUUGGAGAAUUUAAACGUUGAAGAGGCAUUUCUACAACUCGUCUUUCAAAUUUAUGAAGUUACAAGUAAGAAGAGGUUGGAUGCAAAAACCAGUCAAGCUCAAACUAUCACACCCACAACAGGGAAAACAAUUCUUCACUUGGAUCCAGUGUCAGAUCAGACCCAACAGACGGGUUGUUGUUAGAGGUAAUCAUAACAUUUUGAGAUAUAUAUGAAUCAGAUAUCAUCAAUAUCAUUCUUUUUG